AUGGAGAACACCGCCGAAUAUGAUGCCUUGAAGUCUAUUAACGAGGAAGAACGAAUACAACUACAAAACAAGUUGUGUGCACAGAGGAUAGAGCUUGAGGAGAGGAAAAAAUACUUGGAAGAGUUAAAGAGAUCAAACGAAAGCAUUUUAAUGAGUAAUGAAGUAAAAGAAAGCAAUAUAACAAGGGAUAGCAGCAUAACAAGAAAUAUUAGCGGUGAUGAGUACCCUGAUCCUGAUCAAAUGCUAAAGAAUUUCUUAGAAUCCUUAGAAAAAGAAGACCAAGAAAAUGUACUAUUUAAAAAACAACUAAAUGGUAGUAAUGAUAGGAUAUAUUUAGAUAACCAUAUAAUUAAUGGGAGCCUUACCAAAGACCAGUUCUACAAUAACAGUAGCUCUUUAGAAGAACACACAGAUCACUCUUUCCUUUUUAAAAAAAACAAUUCAUCGGGGAAAAAUUUUAAUUUUAAAAUUAACAAGGUGAAAUACGAAAAGGUUAUUAACGUGAAACAGAAAAAUAUUAUUAAUUUUGAUAAGUCCACUCAGGUCAAUAUGUUUGAUAGUGGUUCCGCGACUGCCCCGACUACCGCCACUAUUACUGCUGCCGCUACUACUACUUCUUAUCAUCAAAGGAACGGAAAAGGGAAGAUGACUACUCUCUUCUCAAAUACGGGAGCCCAAAAGGAUAGUACCAAUAAAAUGGGGAAAUUACAUAGUAACAUGACCAUGUCAAGUAAAAAAAAUGUUGUCCUGAAAAAGAAGAAGCUAUCAGAAAAAGAGGAUUUUUCUUCUGAAGAGGGAGGCGAGGAACAAAGCGAAGAGAGAAACGAAUACAGAAGUGAAGAGGUUGACGAGAACAGGGUGGCGAACAGGGUGUCGAACAGGGAAGCAGAUGGGGAAGAGGACCUCGAACAGGACGCAGACAACAUCAAGAGCGAUAAGAGCAGUACCCACCAAAGGCUCUCAAACCAGGGAAAGCCAAAGAACUGCUUAAAAGAAGGAAAGAACAACAUCUUUGUAGACGAAGAGAAAAGGAAAAGCAUACUUAAGAGCAGCAGUUACAUGAAAUUUAUCCAGAAUAGCUCAAAAAUAAUAGAACGGUCCUUAGGUGAACAAGACAUGUUUAAUUCCACCUUCGAUUUUGUAGCAAAAGAUAUAAGCGAUGAAUCUGAAAGUUUUGAAAAAUUAAAAUUUCUUAAUACAUAUUACUGUAAAAAAUAUACAAAUGGAAGACCAAUCACAGAUGUAAAAACAUCUCAUAUAUAUAGCGAUUUAUUUUUAGCUUCUUACGGAUUGUCCGAUGUGUGUAAUUAUGCAGAUCCUGAUGGAUAUAUUUUAGUAUGGAAUAUAACAAUGAAUAGUAGACCAGAAUAUGUAUUCACAUCUCAACAUGCAGUAUGUACAACAUUGUUUAAUAAAUUUAAUCCUCAUUUAAUAAUAGGAGGUACUUAUACAGGUAAUGUUGUUUUAUGGGAUAUUCGAGCUAACCAAAAACCGAUACAAAAAACUUACCUGACCUCGCAAGGUCAUUUACAUCCAAUUUAUUGUGCAGAAGUUAUUGGUACACAAAAUGCUCAUAAUUUGGUAACAGUAGACACAGAUGGCAGAUUAUGUAACUGGUCUUUGAAUAUGCUUACCUAUCCAUCUGAUACAGUAGAUCUAAAAAGAGCAAACAAAGAAGUGUCUUGUUGUUCUUUUUCUUUUCAAGAAGGAGAAAUAAACACAUUAUAUGGAGGUGCAGAAGAUGGAUCUUUAUUUCAAGCUCAAAUACAUGGUAACAAAGUAGGUAUAACUGAAUAUUAUAAUAUUCAUCAUGGUCCAUUAACAGCUACACAAUUCCAUCCACUAAUUGAAGGUACCAAUGAUCAUAAUGAUCUCAUAUUAACAUCUUCAGUUGAUUGGACAUGUAAAUUAAUUAGUAUAAAACAACCUAGAAAUAUACUAUUCACUUUUAACACGUUUGAAGAUUAUCUAAUGGAUGUUAAAUGGAGUCCAACUCAUCCAUCCAUAUUUGCAGCAUGUAGUAGUAACGGAAAUAUUACACUAUUUAACAUCUCUUAUGAUAUGGAAUGUUCUUUCUUUGAAACCACUGUUCAGGAAAAAUCAACAAAUAAAAUUGCCUGGUCAUACGAUGGAAGGAAACUCAUUGCUGCUGACUCAGACGGGGGCUUGACCCUAUGGAAUGCAUCCACCGAAAUAUAUCAACCCCGAGCUGAAGAUGUUACUCAGUUUGACAGCAAAAUUGAAAAAUUGAAAGCCGAGUGCGUGCCGGCUGACCAGGUGGACAUGGAGAUGGUUUGA